UUGCAUGAUCAACUGGGCUUGGUCGGCAGAUCCACCAAACCCAACGAAUUAAUCUCCUGUGUGAGAUUAACAGGGCGUUUACGAUCACGACUAGGGUUUAACAACAACCGUACGCCGCCGGCUCCCCUGGUUACGUCUUGUGCUUCUUCUGGGAUUGUCGCUGAAGCGAUGGCUCAUCGCGGUGGCGGCAUGAACAACCGAGGCAGAGGUUUUCCUGGAGGUGCUGGCCGGGGUUUUGAGGGCGGAGGUCGAUGGAACAGUGCUGCGGGUCGAGGUUUUGGCCAAGGCCGAGGGAGCAAUUUCUUUGAGGGAAGCUCUAGCGGCACUGCGGGUGAUGAUGCUGGUGCGCGUUCCGGCGCUGAUCUGCAAGGGAGCGGCUUUGAUGGUGUAUUCAGAGCGGGCUCUGGAAACCGAAACAGUGGUGGCGGCCAAGAUCGGUACAGCUAUGCCCCCAAUUUCAAUCGCAGCAAUGAUCGCCGCAAUUUCUAUGGGCAAAGUAAUUACAAUAAUCGAAGGUUUAACAGUACGUAUGUUCCUAGAGAUACCAACUACAGGAACAAUUCUACUGGAACUAAUGUGCGUGCAAGCGCUAAUGAUAUAGUACCAGAUGGGUUAUCAAUGGAGCAGACCAUGUUGGUCAAGGAGGCGGCGGCUGCAUUUGCAAAGCAGCUUGCGGAGUGGCAGCCAAAGGGUGGGCAGUCAACUGAAUCGGCUGUUCCACCACUGACUGCAAGUCCGGCUGUACAUGACCCUGCGGCCCGGACUGAUGAUGCGGCUCGGCGACAUGGUUCUGGGCAGCGAGCUGAAGCAGUUUUGUUGUCAGUGGCAGGUAUUUCUCAACAACAAGUGACAUCUCCUACUCAUGAGGUGGCUGGAGAUGCUCACUUGGCAAAAAAGAAGAAAGGUUCUGGGUGUUUUCGCUGCGGCAAACCGGGACACUGCUUAAAUGACUGCAACCAAGAGAUUUGUGAUUGCUGCCAAAGCCCGGACCAUAGGUCUAGGGAUUGCCCUUUACUCUCAGCACCUAAACCAGCUAUGGCGAUGUAUGGUCUUGCACAUGAGGACCUUAUGUUCUGGGAUUUUCCUUUAUCCUGUUUAGUUAGGCCGAGGUUGGAAAACACACGCAUGGGACGGGUUACAGUUUCAGGUGGGCAGCUCACUAUUCCAGAGAUCAUCACACAGUUGCAGUGGAUUGUUCCUGAAGAUAAUUAUCAGUGGGAUGUGGUUAUGGUCGAGGAGAAUGUAUAUCGUGUGAACUUUCCUAGCAAGAUGGACUUGGUGCGUGUUCAGCAUUUUGGAAGAUUUAAUGUGCCAAACUCACAAGUUUUUAUGACCUUUGAUUUUUGGACAAGAAAUGUGGAACCAUCUUGGAGAGCGGAGGAUGUUUGGGUCCGGGUACAUGACUUACCCAGCCCUGUGUUGGAUGAUUUUCUAGCUCUGUGGGCUCUUGGUACUUUAUUUGGGAAAACAAAAGAUAUGGAUAUGGCGUUCACGCGUGCAAAUGAUGUCUUGCGUAUCUCUAUCACAUGUCUUAACUCCAGUCUUAUACCUACUCGGAUGGAUGUCAGAGUGCAUGAAGAUUUUUAUAGACUUCGUUUUGAGGUGGAAGGUCUACAACCUGUAAUACCUGCUGAUGUUCCUAUGGAUGAUGUCCCACCUGGUGAUGAGGAUAUGGAGCAUGAUGGCCCUAAGGAGCAUCAGCAAGAUGAUGUUAACCGGCCAGAUGGAAAGAAUGAUGGUGGACAAGAUGCUAAUCAGGGUGGUAAUCAUACUACUGUACCUCAUAACAAUAUUGCAGUAUUUCCAAUUCAGUUUGGAAUAGCACCAGUGGUACAUCAUUUUCUGGUAUCUCCAAAGGUUAUUUUUGGCCACUCAAUUCAUGAAUGUAUCAAAAAGUCACAAUGUGUGAAUCAGCUUGAUCUCUCUGUCAACAAGGAGCAGUAUGUUCCAGCUCAGGGUGUUUUUUCGCCGCUUUUCACUGAAGAAUCGAUGUCUGAAGAUAUUGCUGAGAGUGAUGUGGCUCUGCCUGCUGUUGUGCCGGUGAUUUCGGCCCAGCCUGGUAUGCAUGGCUGUACGUCGAUCAGCGCCAUGCAUGCAACGUCGAGCGGAGGUGAGGCAGCGGUACAGACGGUCAUGAAUGAGGUCUCGUUACCGCAUGUGAACAAGGGUGCAGAGGUACAAUCCAUUGAUGGUAUUAUGAUGAUUAGGGAGGAGCAACCGGUGAGGUCUCCCUCUGUAACUCCUGUUGGAGUUAACAAGGUCUUUGAGGAUUCUCCUUCAUAUGAUCACUCUAUGACAGAGGUGAUAAAUUUUGGGGGAAUUGCUAAUGAUUCAAUGAAGGGGAUACGAUCAAGUGCUAGACUUAGAGCACAGUCAAAUUCGUACUAUACCCAAAUGGAGAGGGCAAUGAUGCUUGCCAACAAACGGGAUCAGCAACAAUCUCAAGGUACGCCGGCAUUAUCAAUUCCUUCAUUUUCUGCUUUUUCGGAUGAGCAAAUUAUUGCCAAGGCUGAUGGGCUUGGGGUGUCGUUGGGGGUUAAUCUUGAGGAGAGAUUACAUGCUGCUAGAUUAAUUAAGGAUAUUGAAAAACAACGAAUGCUAACCUUUCUCAACACCAACUCUACCUCUGAAAAUGAAAGUUUACCUCUAUGUUUAGCGGUAAUUCGACGUGCAACUCACUGGAUUCAGCAAUGGGCGCUGCUUCUACCGGAAGAUCAGCGGGAGAAUAUGGCUACUGGGUGCAACCGUCGCUAA